AUGACCUCAAGUGAGCCUACUCUUCGCAAAAGGAAAAGGGCAACUGAGCGGCAGUCCUCGAGGAAGCAGAAACAACCAGCGGGCAGUGCGAAUGGACACCCAGUGAAGUUCACGUCCGUCCUCGGCCUUCUGCUCUUGGCCCUGGGCUUCUUCGCAUACCAGAACCUAGAAGCUAUCCAACGCUACUUGGAGGCAUGGAGGAAGAGCGCCGACUGGGACGCGGCGACGAAGAGCAGCGGUCCUCUUGAAUUUUCCGCAGACUUGCCGAAACGAAAUGCAGUUGUGGUAGCGUUCAAGCAUGCAUGGCUCGCAUAUGAGAGGGAUGCCAUGGGCGAUGACGAAUACCACCCCAUUGGCCACUCAGGAACCAACCUCACAGAUGCUGGUGGAAUAGGCUACACGGUAGUCGAUUCGAUUGACUCAAUGAUCAUCAUGGGUCUGAAGGACGAAUACGCGCGCGCUAGAAACUGGAUCGCCACGAACAUGACGUUCGACAGAAAUGGGGAAUUCAACACAUUCGAGACCACAAUACGAGUUCUCGGUGGUUUGCUCUCCGCCUACCAUCUCACUGAAGACCCCGUGUUCCUCGAAAGAGCGAAGAACUUGGCUGAUCGAAUUCUCCCUGCGUUCGACACGCCGUCUGGGCUACCUCUGUCGUCGGUGAAUCUGGCGAAACGCAAAGGCGUCCCGAGCAAGGACAACAAGGAGUUAGUUAGUACAGCGGAAGUAUCGACGUUGCAGCUGGAGUUUAAGUACCUCAGUCUCUUGACGGAAGAGGACAUAUACUGGGACGUGGUGGAGAAUGCGAUGAAGGUGAUCAAAGCCGCUCGUACCUCCAUGUCCACUGGGCUAGCCUCAAUAUUCAUGAGCUAUGAUGAAGGUCGUUUCACUGUUGCGCCUAUUCGUCUAGGAUCCCGCGCAGAUUCAUACUACGAAUAUCUCUUGAAACAAUACAUACAGACGGACUAUACAGAACCUGUAUACCGGACUAUGUAUGACGAUGCCAUGAGUUCAGUGUACACCCAUCUGAUCAAGAAGACGGAACGUGCGGGACUGACAUACACUUCCGAGCUCAUCCCGGAACGCAACCGCCAAGGCAAGAUCAAUUGGCGUCUUGUGCCGAAGCAAGACCAUCUCGUGUGCUUCCUGGGCGGCUCGCUGAUGCUCGGGGCGGUCACCACCGGUGCAGUCGUCCAGCCAGUGUCCGUCCCUCCGCUUGCAGGCGAGCUCUCUGAGCAGGGCAAGAGGGAUUGGACGGCGGGCAUCGAGCUUGUACGCACAUGCAUGAAGACGCACGAGACGGCUACCGGGCUGUCCCCCGAGAUUGUGCACUUCAAAAUAGCCGGAGAUCAUAUCCCAGAGUCGAAUGCCCCAGAAGAUUGGUAUAUCAAAGGAGCACGUCCUGAUGGCCCCAAUUCGUACGAUGCACGAUAUAUCCUUCGUCCUGAGACGGUGGAGUCUCUUUUCAUUGCCUUCCGAUUGACGGGUGAUCCCAAGUACCGCGAGUAUGGCUGGAACAUAUUCCAGGCGAUCGAGAAACAUUGCCGCGUCGAAUCCGGCGGGUAUGCGAGCGUGCUCAAUGUGGACCGCCUGCCAGUUGAGCAUGAGGACAAGAUGGAGACAUUCCUAAUGAGCGAGACUCUGAAGUAUCUGUAUCUGUUGUUCGACGAUGCCAGCGUAUUACCUUUGUCCAAAUACGUCUUCAAUACGGAAGCACACCCUUUCCCCAUAUUCCAUCCAAUGCGGCGGACGGGAUUCUCAUGA